UAACGAUAUGCCGACAGACGCGCGCUGUCUGUUAGUUUCAUUUCAUCCAUCAGUCUAUCCAAACCAGCAAGGCAGGACUGACGUUUGUGUCGAUAAAACAGUUUUCAAAUAAUCGCGAAUAAAAUACAUCUCAAUCGCGGAAAAUAUUUACAAAUAUUUUUUUGUAAAACGCUAAAAACGAAUGUUGCAAACAGUGAAAUAAUUUUACGUCAGAAGCGUCGUAUCAUUAUCGCGGUUCAAGGUGAAGUGAUAAUAAUUUUAGGAUUUGACGUGAGUAUUGCGAGUGACGCAAAUAAAGUUAUAAAAUUGUCAGCAUAGUAGCGAUAAUCGAAGUACUUAGUACUAAAGUGAGUGUGGUUUAGAGUGCUCUACUCUAUCAGUGCUCCAACAGUGCUCCAACUAUACUCCAACAGUGCUCCUAAAAAUGUCAACAAAAGUGAAUGAGGAUUUAGUUCGGGAGAGGAGCAAAUGUACCUUCAACAUUCAAGAGCUGAUCUACCUCAUCGAUGGAGGCGAGAAGAAAACUUUGGAGAGGAAAGAAGUCGAGGAAAUGGUGUUGAGCGUAAAGGAGCUAAGAGACGAGAUUCCUGAGGAGUAUCUGAGUCACAAGGAGAGAUAUGAGAAUGCGAUCAGAAAGGCUUUCAUUUGCUACAGUCUGCUCAAAGAUCAUCUGCUGGCACACUCCAUGAUGGAGGAUUUUGGGCCUUCUAACACUUACAACGCGAUAUACGGCGUAUGUAAGGAUAUAUCGCCGCUACUACUGCACAUGGGCAUGUUCGUGCCUACCAUCAUUGGGCAGGCUUCAUCUGAGCAGCUGGCGGAAUGGCUCCCGAAGGCUCUGAACAUGGAGUACAUUGGCACUUAUGCACAGACUGAACUUGGCCACGGCACAUUCCUCAGAGGAUUAGAAACAACAGCGAUAUACGAUCCAAAGACAGAAGAAUUCAUUCUGAACAGCCCCACACUCACUUCUUACAAAUGGUGGCCCGGUGGAUUGGGACAUACGGCAAAUCACUGCAUUGUCGUCGCACAGCUGCACACAAGAGGCGAAUAUGUUGGUAUACAACCGUUUUUCGUGCAAAUCCGCGACCUGGAGACACACAUGCCACUCCCUGGUGUCAAAGUUGGUGAAAUCGGACCGAAGCUGGGCUUCCAAACCGCUAACAACGGAUUCCUUGGUUUUGAGAACUUCAGGAUACCAAGGACAAAUAUGUUGAUGAAGAACGCUCAAAUUUUAAAGGACGGCACAUACAUCAAAUCAAAGAGUGACAAACUGACAUAUGGCACCAUGGUGUUCGUAAGGGUUAACAUAGUCAACGAUAUGGCCUAUGACCUGGCUAGAGCAGCCACCAUCGCCGUCAGGUACUCCGCUGUCAGACAUCAGUCAAAACCAAAACCAGACCAGCCAGAACCUCAAAUCAUAGACUACGUAACGCAACAGCACAAAGUGUUCAUCCCAGUAGCGACCAGUCACGCAUUGAGGAUAGUCGGCCAAUGGCUGUGGAGCAGAUACAUGGCCGUCACCAAGGACAUGAGGACAGGGAACAUCGAUCAGUUGCCCGAGCUCCACGCUCUAGCGUGUUGUCUAAAGGCCGUCAGCAGCAAAGACGCCGCUCGCUGCGUCGAGGAAUGCCGCAUGGCGUGUGGUGGCCACGGCUACAUGACGUCUUCCAGCCUGCCCAUCCUGUACGGCACCACUACUGCUGCUGUCACUUACGAGGGCGAGUACACCGUCCUGCAGUUACAGACUGCCAGAUAUUUAGUUAAAGCAUGGAAACAACUUAGUGAAGGACAAGUUUCUACUAUCCCAUACUUUUCUCAGUUCUUCAACAACAACAGUCAUAAAUGGGAGAAUACUCCAGAAGGUAUCAUUCAUGGAUUCCAAGCUGUAGCUGCAGGGAAGACCAAGGCUGCUUACGAUACCAUUCAGAAUCACGUGAAAUCUGGGAAAGAUUAUGAAGAUGCUUGGAACUUGGCGUCUGUACAACUUGUCAACGCUAGUGAAGCACACUGCCGUUCAGUUUUGUGUGAGGUCUUCUGGAAAGAGACCCACCGGACAGGAGCUACUGUCUCCUCCAAUUUAGCACAGGUCCUCAAACAGUUAGCUGAAUUAUAUAUCGUGUACUGGGCUUUGGAGAAAUCUGGAGAUCUUUUGGUAUACUCGACGAUAUCGAAGAAUGACAUAGCCGUGCUGCAGCAGAGAUACGAAGAACUGUUGGCAUUGAUCAGACCCAACGCAGUCAGUCUGGUUGACGCCUUUGAUAUCAGGGAUGAGAUCCUGAACUCGACCCUGGGCGCGUACGACGGGCGCGUGUACGAGCGUCUGAUGGAGGAAGCCCUCAAGAGUCCCCUUAACAAGGAGCCGGUCAACGACAGCUUCCACAAGUACAUUAAACCACUCAUAAAGGCCAAAAUGUAAUAGUAUAUUGGUAACAUUUAUGUAAAUAUAUUGUAAUAUAGUAUUUAUAAUAGACUUUCAUUGGGAGAUUCA